AUGUGGGCUUGUGUGGGAGGUUCAGUUGCAACUUUGAAGCAACUUCUACAAGCUGGCUUUGAUCCACUUGUUCCAGAUGAUGCUAAAUGGACCUGUGCUCAUAUUUGCGCCUCGAUUGGCAACGUUGAAAUUCUUCAAAUCCUCAAACCUUUUAACAUUGACUUAGAUGCCCAAAAUGCAACUGGGCAAACUCCGUUGCAUUACGCGUGCUCUAAAAACAGACUAGAAGUGGUUCAGUUUUUGAUCACAGCUGGUGCAAAGUUAGACAUUCAAGACAACCACGGAGCCACUCCUUUGCACAGAUGCAGCUCUCUUGGUCAUUGGAAAGUAGUUGAAUUAAUGCUUCAAGGCGCUGGAGUUGCGAAACUGGUGAAUAUUUCCGAUUCAGAAGGAAACACCCCACUACAUUUGGCAUGCGAAGGUGGACACUCGAGUGUGUGCAGUGCCUUGUUGAAAGCCGGCGCAGAUAAAACUAAGUUAAACAAAGAGGAAAAAUCACCAGAAUUGCUGAGUACUGAUCCCGAAACUAUUCAAUUGGUUAAAAACUAUGGGAGAUAUAAAGAACUAUGCACUCCGUUGAUAUAA